GAGGGGUUAGAGGCGGGAUCGGGAGGGGAAAGGACCGUGCGGGGCUGGGAGGCGAGGGGCGGGAAGGGGCAGGGCCGGAGGAGAGGGUCGAAGCGCAGGCCCGCCGCGGCUCGGCUCGGGCGCGCCCCGUGCGAUCGCCCCCAACCGCGGCCCCCGCGCUGCUCAGCCGAGAUGCGGGAAAAGCGGCGGCCGCGUUCACGCUGCUGCACUCGGGUCCCGACCCGGACCGCAACCCAGACCCGGACCCCUACCCCGAUCCCGACCCUGACCCGGACCCAGACCCGGACCCAGACCCUCAGCUGGAGCUGGACUCAGACCCCGACCCGGACCCAGACUCAGACCCCGACCCGGACCCAGAGCCGGACCCUAAUCCAGACCCGGAGCCAGACCCUUGCGCAUUCCCGGACCCCGAUCCGGAACGUGGGCGCACGCCUGUCCCCUUCAGGGCUGUUGAUGAGCUUGGACCUUGUGCCCCGCCUGGCUGGAUCGCUGGCCCCACGGUCUUCCGUCUUCCGCUUACUUCCCCAGCCAGGAGCGCAAGACGCGCCGGUCCCCGGGGGAGUUGGGGUGGUAUGUUCCCACCUGUGGCCGGGGAGGACCCAACAGGGGGCCAUGGAGGGGGCCCAUCCUGACAGCCUGCGUGCCACCACGAGAGCAGCUGACACAGGGACACAGCGACCCAGCAAGAUGACCAUGGAGCCCAGGGACAUCCUGGCUCUGCUGCCCACCCAGGAGCAGCUGUGGCUAGCUGUGGGGGUGUGGGCCACCGGGCACGAGCUCUUCCAGCAGGCGUGUGACACGGCCAACCUCAGAGAAGCCCGCUUCUUCGCCUCGGCGUGGUCAGAAACAGGCCGAGGUCAGAGCGGACUCUCCUCACUGCGGCCACGUGUGCUGCGUCUGAGCCCCCUUCCAGAGCCGCGUGCCCCGUGCGCCACGGCCGCAUGUCCUGCCGCUCUGUGACCAGCUCUGAGCCGCCUCCAC